GACUUUUGAAACAGUAAAAAAGCUCUGCUACCGAACAGCUUUUGAAUCAAUCAUAGGUUACCUCACUAUAACCCCCUUUCCCGGGUCGAUUAAGUGCGCCGAGAGAAUUGUUUGAGUCAUACGAAAGAUUUAAUACUGUUACACACGUGUAUCAUAUUUUUAUGCGCCAUACAAUGAAAGAGACUUAUUUAAUGCGUUAUUGCAAUGCGAACUAACAUGAUAAGUUUUACCAUUCAAACCCAUUCGCUGGCUCGCGAGGGCGAAGAAGCGACAUAUUUUAAAAACACACAAAAGAAAGAUCUGCGGAAGACCAAUUGCGACCACCGUUUACCGUUUUUGUACCUUAGCGAGGAAAGCAGGAAAUGGUCGCGCAGAACGAUUGUGUUCCACACCUCACGCUCACCGAUAACACGAGGCGGACAAACCUAGUGUGCGCCAACCAAGCGCGUCACCGGUCCUUUUGCGAAAGAGGAAGCAAUUCGGGGUAAAGCUUAAUUCUACAUUAAUUAAACGGGUAUCCAAAGGGAGGGUUUGCUCCUUACGAGAUAUCAGCUACAAUUACUACAUCAAAUGACCAUUUGUGAUUUGAGAGCGCUAAUCGAGAGCGCGAUGGCAUAAUGUAGUGUAUCCAGAGACCGUGUGCUCAAUAAAUACAGAAGAAUAAUUUGACUUCCAUUGCGGUGCAUCUUCAGGCGACUGUAAACCCGUUAGGUUAGCUUUAGUUUUGUGAUCUUUGGAAGGUAUUCCGGAGUGAAACCGUUUCGAGACGAUCAGCAGUCGGGCUUACCAAUUGAUAAUGUGCGAAAGAAUGCGGUGUUCGUUCAUGUUUCGAGAUAUAUGUAAUGUAUUCGCAGCAGUAGCAUUAGCAGCAGCAGCAGCAUCUAUUGCGUGACCAGCGAGACUCGAGGUGAGCGAUGACUAUCCCCCAAUCACGGGCCGGUCAUCGUUCAUCUGCUUGGCUCGCGCGAAGAUCAUCCAUUUCCACUGCGUCGCAAAAUGACGCCGCGACGAGUCGAGUACCAUAAACGCAGCGCAGGGUAUGGAAGUCACUUAUUAAAUACGGGUAGAAACUAGCAAUUUACCUGCGCUGCUCCGUGCGGAAGAUGCGACGAAGGUUUUCGAAAUACUUUUACGUGAGCAAAGCGCAGUGCACUGCACCGGGCGCCAGUGGCCGAGCUCUGGGUCGGAAAAGGGCAUCCCUUUUUUUUGGCAAUGGAUGACGAUGUUGACCACCACCGUUUUCCGCAAGAGCCACGAUCAUCUGUGCUUAACAGACGUUACGUUCAUUACACCAGUAGCCCUUACACGUACGUAGCAGCUCGAUGGCCCCGAAACAAUAAUAGUUCUUAGACUUUCCAUAGCAUAAUCCUGUGAGUAUUGUGAGAGCCUGAUAGUACCGAACCUGAUAGAACCUACACAAUCCGCGUUGAGUCUGUGUCUUCGUCCGUUAGAACCGAUAGAGAAUUCGAUCGAUGCCUCGUAUCGCCGUGCGAAAUAUGCGCCGCAAAAGCGCAAAUAAAAGUAAGCAAAGUCCCCCAUAAAUGUCAUACCUUGUCCUUUGGAAAACAAGAAACCCCCACGUUAAACAAUAGCCGGUGUGAUAUUGAUCAAUCUUUAGUGUGUAAGCGAACCAACGGACAGGUAGGAGCGCGAACUGCGUGUUGCAGAACGAUGAUCAAACAGUCCAUCAUCAUAACAUGGCCAGAACAAUCAGUGGUACGGUGCGGGGUGCGCGUUACUGGAAGAAUACUAGCGAAACAACAACCAAAGCAAAGUAAAAACACAACAAAAACACACUUAUAGUAACGGAGAAGGAAGCGAAACAACAUUAAACCCCCCAUUAAAUGAAAACAAAACAAUGCACCCGCACCAAACAGGGGCAACUGUUUUUUAGCGAUAUUCAAAUCGAUGUUUGCAACUUAUCGACAAUUUUUAAAUGUGCCGUUGCUCGUAGAGCGUUACGUGCAAUACGUAAGUGUGUCUGUGUCUGUGUGUGUUACAGCGGCUACCAACAACGUGCUACAAUAAUAAUACAACAAGCCACGUACAGAGCGUAGGUGACAGUGUAUGGCGCAUUAGGAGCUAGGUGGUGGAACUGUACAUGUUAAAUCAUUUGCAUCAAAGCAUUAAAAGGAGAAGCUCAAUUAUGGGACACAGAAACACUCGAAAGGAACGUUACUCCUCCCAAUGUUCAUGGUCAGGGCAGGGGAGUUCCUCACCAUCACCGAUCGCUGGACGAUCACCGGAUGGUGGAUGGUGGAGUUUAGUUUUGGAAUUUUUGAAAGUCUCACAAGCGUUAGCGCGACAUGCGCGGCUACAGAAAAGGGAACGGUGCAAGUGCCAGUGUGCGAGUUUCGGAAAGAAGUCAAAAGAUGGGCGACUUUUGGCUUCUUUCACACAAAAGAACUAUUGGGCAGCACACAGCGUGAUGGCCAAGAACGAUUUGUUAGCCUUUUGGGAGCUGCUUUCUGCUGCAGGCGUGGGAGAUGCAGUUGAGGGAGCGCGGGAAUUGUUUACGAUACGUUAGCGCGAUCAGAAGAGAUUUUUAUUAAUAUUAUUAUUUGAACAAUCAUUACUCAUCGGCAUUGGCGUUGCUUCGGCCCACGGCUCGGCUGUUGAACAGCGAGUUUUUUUGUGUGUGGCAAGUGUUGCAGCAUUUCUUAUAUCUAGCAUUAAACAAAACCACGAGCCACAACAUUGGCACAACGGAUGGAAGCAGAAAAAAGAAUACAAUACAAAUCGAACGCAAGAACGGAAGGUUUUGGUUUGAAACCCAAAGGGCCCCGAUUAAAUCCGAUCGAAGCUCAAUGGUCGAACGGAUUUCAUUCCUUGUACCCGUUGCCAUCACCUACACCCCCCCCCCCCCCCCCCCAUUGCCAGCCUUUGGAAACUUUCGAAAAAUACAACACAAAUGCACCUCGCUCGCUUCGAGCCACACGAACAGUUCCCAUCGAUACCAGGGAUACCAGAGAUAGUAUCCCGCCCAUCUUGCCAUCCUGCAUAUAUUCUGCACCGAUAAUCUCGUACCGCAACGCUCCUUAAGUUGCGUGUAUGUGUCCGAAUCGAACGAAUUACGAACGAAAUUGCACAAUCAAUUAAAAAGGCAUAUUAACCACCCACAACCAUCACCACCACCACCACAGGCCGCGCGAAACGCAAUAAUAUUUUACGAUACUGACAGUAAAUCGCAAAGCGAAACGAUGACGAUACGUAGAAAACCAAUUAGUUGAAACGGUUGACACUUGAGGCCGGCAGCGAUCAAUAGAGGAAAGAGCACAAGAUAUCAGAUCUGGGUCGCGGUAAAAUCGUCAUCGUCGUCAGUCUUCAGAUCCCACUGUCAACGAACCCAAGCCUAUGUUGUCAAAUAAAACCGAACUUAAAUUAGGAAGAAAAUCGUUUGUAGUAUUUUUAAUAAUGUGUCUGUGUAUUUGAAAGAAAACUUUGCAUAAAAAGUAAUUUUUUAGCGAUGUACUACAUACAGAUUGAUUGAGUACAGAGGACAUUC